AUGGGGGCUCAAGAGGGAGAGGGUAGGGGCCAUCUGCUAGCGGCCAAGGAGAAUGGGAUGGCCACGAUGCAGGUUGAGUGGGCGGAAGGUGCAAAAAGCUUCGCUACCGACACAGCAGGAAAGCCGGCGUUUACUUUAAAGACGGCUCAUCAGGAGAAGACGUAUGAAAUGUUCAGAAAACACGAUGGAUCUAUAGAUAUGGAUAGUCGACAUAUUGGGUUAUUUCACAUUUUACUAUUUGUUUUAAUCUCAGUAAUUGCCGCCACCUAUGCAAACGUUUACGUAUCCUUCGCCAUCUAUAAGAAUCAAGUUUCCUUGGCCGAGGAGGAAGUGUAUACAGAGCUGUUGGGGAUGCGCAAUGUAACCGUAACCAUCCAGCGCUUGGAGAUGCUUUCCCAUUCGACACGCGAAUACGAAGCUAAGGCCCUGUACCACCCAAAUAUGUUGGUGCCAGCCUACCAUAGACAGGUGAUGGCGGCGCUCUUCCAAAUUAACAGCCGGAUCAUUAUGGGGCUCGAGCACAUUCGAAGCUACGACCAAAGCAUCCGGGUCGCGACGAGCUGCCUGUACAGCACGAGCAAGGCUACGAACGACUGUCCCUUAGCCGACGUCGCUGAGCACUUGCGUGUGGUGGAUCCGAAUCAGGAAAAAGCCCUUCUCAAUGCCUUGAUGACUGUCAAGCUGCCACUCUCGGAGGCCUUAGAUCAGAACGUUCUAGAUCUCUACCCAGCAUCUUGGACGGCCGUUACGCAACCUUCUCAGUUUGUGCAUGCCCUUAUUGAACAGGGCAGAUUCAACGAUGUUAUUUCCUACAGCGAAAAGUACGUUGGGGAGCUGGAAAAAAUCAUUCAGGCUUUGCGAGUGAAGGUCCUCUGGGAGCCCUUAAUUGCAAGUGCCGCAGUUUUCGGCGCUGUGUCUUUCUCCAUUCUAGUACUCUUCGCCAUCCUCACAGGAAUCAAAUCGAAACGGAUAUACGACGCUUCUUCUGUGUGCCAAUCGGCCGUCUUUAGUUCUGGGAAGAGUCUGCAGACGAAGAUGGUGGACUUGUCAGUCUUCUUUAUGGCUUUCUUUGAGCAUUUGCUGCUGCAUAAUGUUCAUGCGCUAAAUGGAUUAGCUGCUCUGCUGCUAGCAAGUGACAGGCUGACAGCCUACCACCACAAACUGCUGAAGCUGGAAGAGAAGGCCCUUGUCGAUAUCCUUACCACUUGCGUCAAUCUCAUCAUCUACAUUGAAACUGAAGUGCUCGGCAACGAUGAAGAGGGUGUUGCAUUGGACUUGCGUUCGGCCGUUGAGAAGAGCGUAGAGCUAUUCAGACCAAAAGCUGCAGCAAAUAAGAUCCCCAUUAGCUGCACGUUCGCCAACGGAUGCCCCUCGAUGGCAUUUAUCGACCAGGACAAACUAAUGACCACGCUCACCAGAACCCUGGCGUAUGUAAUCGACCAUUCCGCGGAGAAGGGUAGGGGAAUCGAUGUGUAUGUGAACGCCAACGCGUCUCACCACAAAGGAUCAAAAGACAGGGGAGAGACAGCCAGCCCGGUUCUUCAGCUUUACGAUGUUCGAUUUGAGGACGACCCGGAUUGCCCGGUCUUGGCGGUUUUCCUCGGAGACUUCGUGAAGAGUAGUGCAAAUCCCUCCGAUCGUUUUUCUCGCUCGAUGGCCCCUCGGGAGAUAUUUGGAAAGCUGGCGCUUCACUGUGCAGACGGCAAUAAGGGUGUUAAAUUUGCAUUUGUCUCUGCAAAGCAUCAAAAGCAAUUGGAAGAAGACGCACAGCAAAGCAGUGGCCCCAGUCCUGUGUGUGACAACAUGAGGGCUAGUACCCUACUCGACAAUGUUUCAUACCGGCAACUUGAGAUGCCCUUGAAGACCAGCGACGUCAUUGAUGUCAUUGUUACAGCAAUGGAAGAGCGAAUGCAGCAAAGAGAAGAAAGGGCUCGCGCAAAGAGUAAGCUGAAGGUGUCCUACAUGAUGGACGUGCGUAAAGAUUCCGGGGAGUCUUCGUUGACCUCAAUGGACGAGGAGCAGGUGCAGCAGGCACAGGAGAGACUCCGCAGUGCCUCUUUCUCACGAGCAACAAGCCGAGCAAGAAGUACAACAGGAGUCAUGACCCCUACUCUGGAGGCUUCCAAAGGCAGGGGUUCGCGGGUUACUCAGGCGGUCAACCAAGUUCCCGCCAAAUUCGAUCCCACCCUUGAAGACCCCAGCGAAAGCGGCAGCAGCAGCACUUUUGUGCUCUUGGAAGAGGUCGAGGAUGAAUUCCUUAGUGAGGCGCUGGGGGCCCGCGAGGCGAUCCCGGAGAGCCUGCGGGAAGAUGCAAACUAUGCCUUGGGGGUUUUCAACGAUAUUGGAUUUAACAAGCCGAUCCACGAACUCGUUUCGGCUCUCUUGGAACGAGCGAGCGAGCGCCCACUGGCUUCGUCUCGCAGGUUUGCUGGUUUGAUGGAUGUGAGCAUUGAACUGGCCAAUUAUUAUAGAGAAAUGCCGGGGCAGCGCCUCCUGCACAAGGCCAUGGAGGACCAACGCAGAGAAACCAUUGCCGAACUUACACUCAAGUACACGUAUACCCAAAACUCCACUCCACUGCCUUAA